AUGGGUCGUCGACUCGUCUCCGGCGGCUGUCACCCGACGGAGCGGAAAAACGGCGACUUUGCGGCUCUCUGGCGGCUGUCACCCGACGGAGAGGAGCUGGAUGGAGGUGGGGCGCGUGUCAGGGAGCUUCAUCCUCAGGUCCGCGCAGCAAGAGGAGGCUCUUCAUCGCAUCUGGUACGCUCUCAAGAGGUGGCGACUCAUCUCCCAGCGGAUCGUCCUCUUCCUAACGACGGCUUGUUCGUCAAUCCAUCGGAGAUGAUUUACUCGAUGGAUUUGCGAUCCUUUUAUCGCGAAUCGUUCAGCAAUUUUAGUAGCAAUGCUCUGCGAAUCGCGUUGACGAGAUUUUUGCCAAUGAUCCAGCGAUUCUCAUUGCUUAAUCCUUCACCGGCGAUCUGCAGAAAAGUCACGAUAAUUAGAUAAAAAUAUAUAAAUUUUGACUCUGGGAGGAUUCGAACCCGCGCUGGUUGUCCGCCCCUUCUCAGGAAGGUGUGACGCGAGUUUAGUCCCACAUCAGUUGUGCGCUGAUUUUUCGGGCGAAUAUAUAGUAAUGUUAGCUUUGUAAGCAAAGUCCCUUAUUUCGCGUGUACGACCACUCCUUGCCCCACAGCUGGCUGGCCACCAGUGACGUGGAAGGGGAGUGGCGCACACGUGCCCCUAUCGGUCCAAGCCAAGCCGCUCAAGCCCUUGCUCGCAGCUACUUCCCGACUGAGCUUUCGACCCGCUUGCGGGCCCGGCUGGCCGGCGGGUCCCCCCUUCAUUUUGUCUUAUUUUUAUUUCUUUUUCUUCAUUUAUCUCAAAAGCAAGACUGUAAAAAUCAUAUAAAUUCAUGUAAAAUCACAUAAUUAGCCAAAAAUUCACACUAAUCAACUGAAAACCACUUUUCACACUUUAACACAAAUAUAAGUCUAUUUAUCAUGAGUUAAGGCUAAAACUAUAUUAUUUACUAAUUAUUAACUCAUGAUAAUGAAGACUUAUCAACGACUCAUUUCAUUGAUCUCUAGUCUUCACAAGAAGAUCUAGAGAUUGCCCAUGUUGUCCUAGUCUAAAAAGAAUCUUUGAGGCCAUAGACAUUGCAUGACAAUCCUCUCGAAUGCUCAAAAUUUUGGUGUAUUAUCAACACAUCACUACCCUGAUGUUGGAAUUUUGUUUUAUUAUUUUUUAAUUAGUAUAACUUCCACCAUUAGUUUUUGGACUUUAAAAGUAGAUCCAACAAAUGUCUAGGUCAUUUAUGUCCAAGGAGAGCCUUUGAGGAUGUGGACAUUGUUCAAUGACCCUCUUGAACACAGAAUUCUAACGAUCAUUGUUGUGAGACCGAAAAUCUACCUUUCCUGUUUUCAACUUAAAUUUUGCUUCAUUUAGUGAUAAUGUGUUGAUUUAAAUUUACCAAGUUAUUUUUCAUUCAAUUAUGAUUCUUUCGGCUUUUAUAGAUCUUAAUUUGAUCAAUUAAACCAUCUGUAAUUGCUUAUGUAAGAAUUUUAAAUAUAUUUUAUUUACAUUUCUUAUCUAAAAUUCAUAAAACAUCGUAUUCUUUGAGAACAAUUCUGAAAAAUUAUUCGAUAUUACAUUAGAUCCCUAUGAUCAACGUAGAAAAUUCUCACUAUUUUUAGAACUUUUAUUAAAUUAUAAUUGAUAUAUUAGUUUAAAAAUACUUCUAAAUAUCUUAAAAUUGGUAUUUUCUAGUUUUAUAAAUUUUAAGUUUGCGUGAUUUACUAUACAACAACUAAGUCACGCAAAAUUUUGGCAUCGUUGCUAGAGAUGUAUUACAUAAUAUUUGGUAUUUUUCUAUUUUUCUCUUAGAGUACACAAAAAACAAACUCUCAUUUUUAUCUUCUUCUUGUAGAAAAAAAAAAAGGAACGAAGAGUAGCAAGGCAAAGACUAAAGCAUACUGAAGGAGGAUAAUUGUUAUUAAACUUUUUCUUCAAAUUUAUUGAUUUUUAUGUAUGGUAGAAGAUCCUUACAUCCAAGGCUAGAAUUUUUUUUCACUAUUUCAUUCAAAACUAAAAAUCUAAAAGAAAAAUUAAUUUUGAUGGAUCCUAAAGGAAGUACAAGUCAAACUGAGAAUAAUCCUAUGGUCAUGAAAAAUCAUUAUAUCCUUGAUUCAUUUCAAAGGGCAUCCAAUAUUAGAGUCCCAUUAGCACCCAUUGUUAAAUUCGAAAUAAAUUCAAAAGUUUUUCAAAUGCUCCCUAAUUUUCAUGGAUUGCCUUUAGAAGAACCUCAUUAUCAUUUUAAAACAAUUCAUAUAAUCUGUGAUUUAGUUAAUCUCCCUUAAGUUACACUAGAAAUUAUUAAGAUGAAAUUAUUUUCUCAUAUAUUUAGAGAGACAAAGCUAGUUAUUAGCUACCCACAUUAGAUAGAGAAUUAACUAGUUGGAAAUAUAUAGAACAAGCUUUUCUUUGAAAACUUUACCCCUUAAAAAAAACUCAAAAUAUGGAAAAAUAUAUAUGAAGUUUUUUCUAAAGGUCAGAAGAAACUUUGUAUGAGACAUGAGAAAAAUUCAAAGAUUUACUUAGAAACUGUCCUCAUCAUACUAUACCUAACUAGCAGCUCAAUAGAAUUUUUUAUGAUAAAUUAUUAGAAUAACAUAAAAAUAUGGUUGAUUCUAUAUGUGGAGAAGUUUUAUGGAGAAAACUUCUGAUGAGAUUUACAAUCUUUAUGGAAACUUAAGUGAAAAUUCUAGAGACCAAGUCUCUUUUGAGUUAUAUGAUAGGGAUAAAAAGAGAAGAAUUUAUGAAUUACAUUAUGAUGAUGAUUCUAAUUUAAGAAAUGAGGUUAAUCAGAUUAAUUAAAUAUUUAAAAAACUUGAUUUACUUAUUGACAAUAUUAUAAAGUCUCAUAACCUUCAAUUUAAUACAUAUAGUACUUAUCCUAUUAUGUAUGGUGAAAAUGGUCAUUUCAAAUUUCAAUAUUAUAAUCAAUCAUUUCAGCCUAAGCAAGAGUAAGUGCAAGUGUCCCAUGAUUUUAGUAAAAAUAAGGAAGAUUUUUUUAAUUCUUAUAAUUUAAUUGGGGGAAUAAUUUUUCAUGGAGAGACCCAAAUAAUAUUCAAAAUUCAGAAGCACUUUGACCCAAUUCAAAUUUUAAAUUUCAUCCAAAAUAGGAACACAUAUAUCAGAAAAAUCAGCCCUCUCAAAUCCAACCUGAUUUUAUAGAUAUGAUAUAGUAAAUGAGCCAAAUGAUGUAACAAAUAAUGAAACAAAUGAUGUUGUAGUAAAAACAAUUUAUAAAGGUGUUUGAGAAUAAGAGAGAAGAGGGACAACCAUUGACAUGACUUAGUCAUUGUAUAGUAAAUCACGCAAAUUUAAAAUUUAUAAAACUAGAAAAUACGAAUAUUUAGAUAUUUAAAAGUAUUUCUGAAGAAAUAUAUCAAAUAUAAUUCAAUAAAACUUCCAAAAAUAGCAAUAAUUUUCCAAGUCAAUCAUAAGGAUGUAAUAUAAAAUCUGGUAAUUAUUCAGAAUUUUUCUCAAAAUAAUAUUUUCUAUGAAUUAUAUACUAGGAAAUAAAAAUUAAAUAUAUUUAAAAUUAAGGAAAAAGGGAUAUAAGGGUGCAGACAUCAGGAUGACAUUAGCACCUUGCAAAUACGAAUCGAGUGGAAACAAAGUUCUACUUGACUAUUCUUACGUAAGUGAUUACAGACGACUUAAUUGAUCAAAUUAAGAUCAAUAAAAGCCAGAAGAAUCGUAAUAGAAUGAAGUAUAUCUUGGUAAAUUUAAAUCACACAAAUUAUCACUAAAUGAAGUAAAAAGUAAGUUGAAAGUAGGAAAAUAAAGUUCCAACGUCACGGCGGCGAUACGUCGGCGAUGCACCGGAAUCUUGAGCGUUCGGGAGGAUCGUCGUGUAGUGUCCACGGCCUUUAAGGCUCUCUUUGGACAAGGACGAUGUGGGCAAUCUCUAGAUCUCCUUACGAAGUCUAGAGAUCAAUGAAAUGGGUCGUCAAAUCAUCUUCGGCGGCUAUCACUUGGCGGAGUAGAAAAAUGGUGACUUUGUAGCUCUCUAGUGGCUGCCACUCGACAAAGAGAAGCUAGAUGGAAGUGGGGCGCAUGUCAAAGAGCUUCAUCCUCAGGUCCGCGCAGUCAGAAAAGACUCUUCAUCGCAUCCAGUACGCUUUCAGGAGGUGGCAACUCGUCUCCUGGUGGAUCGUUCUCUUCUCGACGACGGCUUGUUCGUCGAUCAAUUGA